CCUCCUCUUCUUUUCCCCCUCUUUCCCUUCCCCUUCACUUCUCUUCUCCAGCUGCCGGUUACAGUCGUUUCCUUCCUUUCUUUUCGAACGCCAUCAGACUCGACGUCUGUCACUUUCUUUCCGGCCCCGGUGUCAUUCUUUCUUUCUCUCGGUUUGCCGUGCCUUUUCCAGAACUUUCAUUUGCACCUUGUCGCCCUUUCUAGACACGAAACGACAUAUAAAGGUACCAGGCUCGAAGCAUACAAGAUCGGAUCACAAUGCACUACUCUGCCAUUUUUCUGCUCGCUAGCGCUGUCUGCUCCUUUGCAUCGCCUGUCUGGCCACGAUACACUGUUGACAACGAACACUUUGAGGUCCUCGCUCUUCGAGCAACAACCCAAGUGAACCCAGCAGCCGUCAGUGACGUGACCUGCAUUGACCCCAACCUUAAAAUCGUCUUCCAUGAUCAAAAUGUAGCCGAACUGGGCAUCUGCGGAGGAAUCGCUGGCUCCAUCACAAAGUGCGGUGGCUCACCAGAGCGUACAGUCGGUCAGUCUGGAAGCGCAAAAUUCACACUUACCACCGCCACGAGCGGUGCCACGAUCAACAUCAGCAAGGGUCGUUGGGAACAAUGUAUUCGUGCAGCCCGCGCCAUCUGCCCAACUGGAAGCAUGAGCGGGAGGUGCACUGGCGGCGCUUCAUCAGGAGAUGUCAACUUUACCCUCGAGUCGCCAUAAAGCGUUUGAGAUAGAAGUCUGUCAUCAGCCGUUAUUCAAUUACUACUCGACUCAGCGGUGCUGAAGCAGAACAACAUCUCCUUUCUGGAACUGGAGCAGGCAAUCAAAAA